GUUUCCUUGACCUAGAACCGGCAGGAAGUUAACACCAAAACGCUCGUCCCUCCCCCUCCCUCUCGGUGUUGCGCGGCGGCUGUAAUCGCCGGACAACCUCGCCGAACUCUUCUUACUUUCUCCGUCAAUCACACCGCUACUUAUCAAUAUGCCGUCUCCAGAAAUCUCGAAAAGGGUUUUAGACGCAAAGCUUGAAGCUUGCAAAUACGCGUUCUUGAAGCUAAGUGCGGUUAAAACGACGAGGAUGAAAAGCUAUAAGCAGUUGCGUACUUUGCUUACGUUGAAAGAGAUAGCUAGACGUGGUGCUGAUCGUGACUUUCUUAAAGAUCCGGAAAACAGUGUUACCCGAAUACUCUGUUCUGUUUUAAAGCAAGUGGUGAGUAAUGCAGACCGUUCUUUGAAGUCACUUCGUGGGUUUCACUAUGAGACAUUGGAUGAUCAGGAGAAGGGACAUGUGACGAGGAUGAUAACAAGUGUGCAAGGGAUGUGUAGUAGAAAAUACGAACUUGAUGACAUGACUGAGCCAAUGGAGAUGGAGAUUUAUUUAGGGAAUGGGGAUGAUUCUGUCGGCUUCAGUGACAUUGUUUUGGAACAGCCAAUCUCAUGGCCUCUGGAGUCUCAGUUAACUUCUGAAUGGGUUGAGAGUUUAAUGGGUUUGUUGAACCAGUUCACGUGGAAGAACUCUGUUUCUUCUGAGUUCCCUUCGACGUUGCCAUAUUCUGUGGCUGUUUCUCUGGUGGAUUGUGCUGCUCAGAUUUUAGACAAAGAAGCUAAUUGUGUUAGAAUCAGUUGUUGUGGUGGUGAGAGUUCUAGAGUGAUUGUGGUUGGAGAUCUCCAUGGACAGUUACAUGAUCUGCUCAAGAUCUUUGAUCAAUCAGGAAGGCCUUCAGAGAACCAAUGGUUUGUGUUCAGUGGUAAUUACAUUGGUCGUGGCUCUUGGAGUCUAGAAGUGUUCUUGGUUCUCUUAGCUUGGAAGAUUUUGAUGCCUGAGAGGGUAUAUUUACUUAGAGGAAGCUCAGAGACAAGAGUUUCUGCAGAAGAGCUUGGUUUCUUGAAAGAAACAUGUGACAGAUACGCUGAGCAGGGUGCAGUGCUAUACUCCAAGUGUAUAGAUUGUUUCAAAACGUUACCUUUGGCAUCGGUAAUAUCAGAUAGCGUCUACACAACUCAUGGAGGUCUCUUUCAAAGUUCCUCUCGGGUGGUACAUGAAGAUAGCACGACGAAUCAGUCUUUAUUGUUGGGUUCCUUAGAAGAACUUGACAAGAUUGAGAGGAGGAGAGAAGUUGGUGAGGACAAUGAUGGGGAUAUAAAUCUUAUUAACCAUGUUUUAUGGUCAUGUCCAUGGAUGGCUGAUGGUCUUAGCGAGAGUAAUUACAAGGGACUUCUUUGGGGAGCUGAUUGCACUGAGAGUUUUCUAAAACAAUCAAACUUAAAGAUGAUUAUAAGAUCACAUGAAGGCCCUGAUGCAAGAUCAGAUCGAGAAGACAUGGAAAACAUGCUACGCGGGUACUCAGUAGACCAUGAAGUAGAAUCUGGAAAGCUUUGUACAAUCUUCAGUGCUUCAAAUCUCUCACAGGGUUCUAGAAGCUAUGAAAACGAAGGCUCAUAUGCUGUUCUUGAACCUCCAAGCUUCUCAGAGCCCAAGUUUGUUUCUUACACUGUCGAAAAUGUCCCAAGGCCACUACAUCAAAACAUAAGCGUUGGAUCAUCAACUCAACAGCAGAUAAUGUGGGAGAACAGAACAGAGCACGGUUUUGCGUCAGUAGGGAUAUCUAAUCCACCUUCUUGGACAGUUUCUUUGCCUAGCGAGCCGAGUCAGAUCCUUCAGCUUCAAGAGCCUCCUCAGGUCUUUGAAGGCCUUCCUCUUCCGGACAACAUUGAGGAGCCUCACAAAUCAAACUAUGACUACUUGUUCAGACUCAUAGGCGCUCUUAAGCAAGAGGUUCAGAUUAGGGACACACGCGAGAAAGAACUGAUGGAUCAUUUGACGAAGACGAAAGCAACAUUGGAGGUCAUAAGCCAAAUGUCAUCUUCUCUCUAA